GACUGAGGUUCACUUAGGUGUUUGGCUACAGUCAUGGCCGGGAACUCAGAGAAAGUACCGAUCGCCUCGGCGGGACCAGAGGAUCUGCAUAACUUCAUGCCCCCGGCAUACUCUGCCGUGGCCGUGAAGCCCGCCGCCACCGGCUGCCUGCUGAAGGCCGGGAUCGCGGUGCUCAUCGCCGGGGCUCUCCUACUGCUACUGGGGGCAGUCGGAGCUUUCUACUUCUGGAACAACAAUGAAAAACACGUCUACAAUGUCCACUACAGCAUGAGCAUCAAUGGGAAAGUGGAGGAGGGCACAAUGGAGAUCGACGCUGCCAACAACAUGGAGAGAUUCAGCACCGGCAGCGGGGCGGAUGAGGCUGUGGAGGUCCAUGACUUCCAGAUUGGGAUCACAGGGAUCCGCUUCUCAGGAGGAGAGAAGUGCUACAUCAAGACCCAGGUGAAGGCCCAGCUGCCUGAUGUGGAGGCUCUCAACAAGGACUCCAUGACAUUUGACCUGGAGGACGAGGUGAUACCGGCCAAAUUUGAUGACGAUCUGAUCUUGGUGGCCGCUGGCGCCCCCAUCUCAGACUCCGCCUUCCUGAGCAGCAAGAUAAAGGACUUGUGUGGAGAGCUGCCGAUCUUCUGGCUCCGACCCACCUACUCAACCAGCGGACAGAGGAAGAGGAGGGCAGCCCCCCGCCGCAAGGCAGUUGCAAAGGAAGAGGACGUGGAGGAAGAAAUCAACCCGGAGAACCCCUAUCAGAGCGGCCUGGAGGGCGAGCAGGGCUCCAUGAACAUCGACCCGAUGCUGGACCACCAGGGCAUCUGCUGCCACGAGUGCCGCCGCAGCUACACCCACUGCCAGAGGAUCUGCGAGCCGCUGGGGGGGUACCACCCGUACCCGUACCACUACCGCGGCUGCAGGGUGGCAUGUAGACUCAUCAUGCCCUGCAACUGGUGGGUGGCCCGCAUUAUGGGCCUGGUGUAAGCACCCCCGAAGACCUUGGGAGAUGCUAGAGUCCAGGAGGGAAGAUACCAGGGUGGGGCGGGGUUCAGCGGUGCCAGAUGUACGAUAUUUAUCGCCUUUGUACGAUUUAUGCCCUCUGUACAAUGUAUAAUCAAAUAUACCAAAAGUGCCAUAAUGUACAAUAUUUUGACCGAGUCGUUGGUUUUCGUCUAUGCUGUCUGUAUUACGCAUCUAUUCACAUGCUUGGUGUAAGCUAGGAUAUUUAUAAACGCUAACAGGUCGUUUUCUCUACCAACCUCAUUUGACGAGUUUGCUACAUCAUAGCUACAUCAUAGCUACAUUAGCGUGCUUAAAGAACACACAAACAAAUCAUCUAAACACACGUUUGGUAAAAUACAAAAAAUACACAUUAACGUAUUUGUAUUCGUCAUUAUGACUCAUUUACAAUGAUUUUACGCCUCUGGUAUGAACAUUUUCGAUAUAGCAACGCAGAUGGGAUUUUAAGGGAAGGGGGGGAUGAUGGGAUAAGUCUAUGCAAGGGAGUUGGUGGCUUCUUCUUGUAAUUUACUGUAGUUACCUGCCGGUCUGAGCAGAACUGAGUGGUGCCCACACAUUAGAAAUGCAUGGAGCCGAAUCUAGGACAGACAUGUUCUCACAUGUAGGAGUAAGCAGUGGCUGCAUGCUGCACAGCUUGUCUUAUUAAAAAAACAUACCUGCUAUGGAUUUAGAUCCAGCUCAGCUGCAGUGCAACAUGCUGUCAGGAGAACAGAGGUUAUGAUACAAAACAUCCAAUGAUUUGAUGUAGAAUGCCACCUAUUCAUCUAGACAAAAAGGCAGGUAAGCUUGUAUUUAUAGAGCUGGUAAUCAUUUAUUUUAUUUCAUUCUUUAAUGUAAAUAAAUGUAUAUGGUGCAACGUAUUUCAAUAGCAGUCAGCUGGCUUAAAUAGCACCUAUUGUUUGUUUCAAUUUCACUCUAGUGAGAAAUAUUUUGUGUGUUCUCAAGCCAUUUAUUUGAAAUCUUCAUGAGUAGCUCAUUAAAACAAUGUACCGUACGGUCUCUCAAACUUUCAUCUCAAUGUUCUUUCAUCUGCAUUGAAGACGCUAUCUCAAAGUGCAAUAUCGCUGAAUAAACUUUUUGUAAGUAAACUUUUAA